CGCAGGGUCCUCUCCUUAUCCUAGUUCCUUCAGAGCCACACUUAUCCCAGCCGUAACCCGUGCCCCGCCCACUGUCACCCCUCCCUGUACGGCCACCCCAUAAUACCCUUGUCCCCAGCCAGGGUUGAGCUUCCCCCACGUGGCCUUUCCAGACCCUGGCUGCGCUACCCAGACUUCCCCUGACCGCUGAAAGUAGAGCCAGUGGCUUGGCUUCGGUUGUGGGUUCCCCUUGGGCCACGAGAGGGCUGUUUACGGAGAAGGAAGCUGCAGUGAGACAGAUGCUUCUGAAAAACGGCUUAUUUUCAGGAGAACAAAGUCAUGCAGGAAGAGGAAGAUUUCUGCUCAGAGGCUCGCUUCUGUAUAGGCACUGCCCUGGGCUCCUGGGGGCUGCAGUUCAUGGAGAAGCAUUCACAGUCCACCAUGCUGAUAGGGAUUGCAAUUGGAGCCUUCCUGGCACUAGCCUUUGUCAGUGUUGCUGUCUUUUUUGUGUACAGAAGGGUUAACCGAUUCCGACAAGUGCAGCCCACUCCUCAGUACAGGUUCCGAAAGCGGGACAAAGUGAUGUUUUAUGGUCGGAAGAUCAUGAGGAAGGUGACCACUCUCCCCCACACACUUGUGGGGAACACAGCUGCGCCCCGGCAGCGGACCAGGAAGAGGACUAAGGUGCUGUCUUUGGCCAAGAGAAUUCUGCGUUUCAAGAAGGAAUACCCCACUCUGCAACCAAAGGAGCCCCCACCUUCCCUGCUGGAGGCUGAUCUCACGGAGUUUGAUGUGAAGAAUUCUCACCUGCCAUCAGAAGUUCUGUACAUGCUGAAAAAUGUUCGGGUUCUAGGCCACUUUGAGAAGCCACUGUUCCUGGAGCUGUGCAAACACAUGGUCUUUGUGCAGCUGCACGAGGGGGAGCACAUCUUUCAGCCAGGAGAGCCAGACACCAGCAUCUACGUGGUGCAGGACGGGCGGCUGGAGGUCUGCAUUCAGGACGCUGAUGGCACGGAGGUGGUGGUCAAAGAGGUGUUGGCAGGAGACAGUAUCCACAGCCUCCUCAGCAUCCUGGAUGUCAUCACGGGCCACACCGCACCUUACAAAACAGUCUCUGCCCGUGCAGCCACCCCGUCCACCAUCCUCCGGCUUCCAGCUGUGGCUUUUCAAGGAGUCUUUGAGAAAUAUCCUGAGACCCUGGUGAGGGUGGUGCAGAUCAUCAUGGUGCGGCUGCAGAGGGUGACUUUCCUGGCCCUGCACAACUACCUGGGCCUGACCACAGAGCUCUUCAAUCCCGAGAGCCAGGCCAUCCCUCUCGUGUCUGUAGCCAGUGUGGCUUCCGGACGGGGCAAGAGGCAGUUGUUCUGUGGCACAGAGGAGCGUCUUGAGAGACCACCACAGUCCCAAGAUCUUUGCACCUCAGAUAGAGGGGGCAGCUGCCCAGCAGCCCCUGGGCCUUUGCUGAAGAGGAGCUACUCUGUCCCUCUGCCUUCUGUUCAUGAGGAAGUCUCAGACAAGCUUGGGCAGUCCCAGGCAGGAGAUCCUGCUUUUCUGGCCCCACAAGGGGGCCACAACGGGGCGACCUCUGACCUGGGGAUGGCGUGCGACCGUGCCAGGGUCUGGCUGCACUCAGACCUCCCUGGGAGCUCUGGGGCCAGCAAGUCCAAGAGAAACAUGAUGGGUGCGGAGGCUCCUGCUUCUGUCCUCCACUACUCAGAGUGUCGCUGGGACCCGCCUGGCUCCAGCGGGAAGACAGACGCCAUCUUCCGAGCCGCCAAGGAGGACCUGCUCACCCUGAUGAAGCUGGAUGACCCAUCCCUGUUGGAUGGCCGGGUGGAGUUUCUCCAUGUCCCUGCGGGCACUGUGGUGUCAAGACAGGGAGACCAGGAUGUCAACAUCUUAUUCGUGGUCUCGGGGCUGCUGCAUGUGUACCAGCAGAAGAUUGAUAGCCAGGAGGAUACCUGCCUAUUCCUCACGCACCCAGGGGAGAUGGUAGGCCAGCUGGCGGUACUCACAGGUGAACCCCUCAUGUUCACCAUCAAGGCCAACAGGGACUGCAGCUUCUUGUCCAUCUCCAAGACCCACUUCUAUGCGAUCAUGCGGAAGCAGCCAGCAGUUGUCCUGGGCGUGGCGCACACCGUGGUGAAGAGGAUGUCCUCCUUCGUGCGGCAGAUUGACUUCGCUCUAGACUGGAUGGAGGUGGAGGCUGGGCGUGCCAUAUACAGGCAGGGAGAUAAGUCUGACUGCACCUACAUCGUCCUGAGUGGCCGCCUGCGCUCCGUGAUCCGCAAGGAUGAUGGGAAAAAGCGUCUGGCAGGGGAGUACGGCCGUGGAGACCUCAUUGGUGUGGUGGAGACGCUGACCCAUCAGGCCAGGGCAACCACAGUGCAUGCUGUUCGAGACUCAGAACUGGCCAAGCUGCCUGCAGGAGCCCUGACAUCUAUCAAGCGCAGGUACCCACAGGUGGUAACUCGGUUGAUUCAUCUCUUGGGGGAGAAGAUCCUGGGCAGCCUCCAGCAGGGAUCUGUGACAGGCCACCAGCUUGGGCUCCACACAGCAGGCAGCAAGUGGGACGUAGGGAGCCCGGCUGGCAACCUGUCCACGGUGGCUGCAAUGCCCGUGUCUGAGGACGUGCCACUCGCCACCUUCGCCCUGGAGCUUCAGCAUGCCCUCAGUGCCAUCGGCCCAGUACUGCUGCUGACCAGUGACAACAUCAAACAGCGCCUUGGCUCGGCUGCUCUAGACAGCCUCCACGAGUACCGGCUGUCCAGCUGGCUGGGGCAGCAGGAGGACAUCCACCGGAUCGUGCUUUACCAAGCGGACUGCACACUCACACCCUGGACCCAGCGCUGCAUCCGGCAGGCAGACUGCAUCCUAAUUGUGGGCCUGGGCGAGCAGGAGCCCACUGUGGGUGAGCUGGAGCGGAUGCUGGAAAGCACAGCUGUGCGUGCCCAGAAGCAGCUGGUCCUGCUGCACAGGGAGGAUGGCCCGGGGCCGGCCCACACCGUGGAAUGGCUCAACAUGCGGAGCUGGUGCUCCGGUCACCUCCACCUCCGCUGCCCACGCCGCGUCUUCUCUAGGAGGAGCUUGCCUAAGCUGAUGGAGAUGUAUGAGCGUGUCUUCCAGCGACCCCCAGACCGGCACUCGGACUUCUCCCGCCUGGCCCGGGUGCUGACGGGCAACGCCAUCGCCUUGGUGCUCGGAGGAGGGGGAGCACGAGGCUGCGCCCAGGUGGGCAUCCUCAGGGCGCUGGCAGAGUACGGCAUCCCUGUGGACAUGGUCGGAGGGACAUCCAUUGGGGCCUUCAUGGGUGCCCUGUACUCUGAGGAGCGGAACUACAGCCAGAUGCGAAUUCGGGCCAAGCAGUGGGCUGAGGACAUGACAUCAGUGGUAAAGACCAUCCUGGACCUGACCUACCCGAUCACGUCCAUGUUCUCUGGAGCAGGCUUCAACAGCAGCAUCUGCAGCAUCUUCAGGGACCGGCAGAUUGAGGACCUGUGGCUCCCAUACUUUGCCAUCACCACUGACAUCACAGCCUCCGCCAUGCGGGUCCACACCGAUGGUUCUCUGUGGCGGUACGUGCGUGCCAGCAUGUCCCUGUCAGGUUACAUGCCACCCCUCUGCGAUCCCAAAGACGGACACCUGCUGAUGGAUGGGGGCUAUAUCAACAACCUCCCAGCGGAUGUGGCCAGAUCCAUGGGGGCAAAGGUGGUGAUCGCCAUCGACGUUGGCAGCCGCGACGAGACAGACCUCACCAACUACGGCGAUGCGCUCUCUGGGUGGUGGCUGCUGUGGAAACGCUGGAACCCCCUGGCCACCAGAGUCAAGGUGCUGAACAUGGCGGAGAUUCAGACGCGCCUGGCCUACGUGUGCUGUGUCCGGCAGCUGGAGAUGGUGAAGAGCAGUGACUACUGCGAGUGCCUGCGGCCCCCCAUUGACAGCUAUCGCACCCUGGACUUCGGCAAGUUUGAUGAGAUCUGUGAAGUGGGCUACCAGCAUGGGCGGACAGUGUUUGACAUCUGGCGUCGCAGUGGAGUGCUGGAGAAGAUGCUGCAGGACCGGCAGGGGACACACAAGAGGAAGGCCUGCGCAAUCCUCACCUGCCCCAAUGCCUCCUUCACGGACCUUGCUGAGAUCGUGUCCCGCAUCGAGCCUGCCAAGGUGGCCACAGUGGACGACGAAUCUGACUACCAAACUGAGUACGAGGAGGAGCUGCCAGAAAUCCCCAAGGACACAUACGCUGACUUCCAGAGCCCCCGGGGGGAGCUGGGCUCUGACUCGGAGGGAGAGCCCACGCUGCAGCAUCCGCACCCUGGCCUGGCUUCCCCAGAACAACCCCAGGACAACUCAUCUUCUUGGCUCCCUGGCCAAACUGCAGAGAGACCACUGCUCUGAUGCUCCCCAGAACCCAGCAAUUCGUGGGAGCCUGACACCAAGCCUGAGGCUCCACGCACCGCUGGGAGGCCACCUCACUCACCUGACAGGAGAAGCCUCAGCUGGCUGGCCAGGGUGUCCAGUCUUGACCCCCAGCCCAGGCCCAGUGGGGAAGUCUCUGUGCCUCUUUUUUGCACUGGCACCCCUGCACCCCUGGGGAGAUGUCAGCCCCCUGCCAGGCCCCCUGAAAUCUGUGAGGUGUGGAAACCCCAGAUUGGCGUGUUAAUAAAGGCAGAUCUGAUUGUGUGGAUUUGUCUCUAGGUGCCGAAGUCCCUGUGGCAGAGAAAACUCCAAGAUGGGCCUGAUGCCCAGCAGGACAGGGGCGAUGGGAGAGGGUGAGCCACGGUCACCUGAAACCCUAAGGGCGGCAGCUUCCAGGCCAGGCAGGCAGGACCGCUCAGGGUCUGAAUGAGAGCGAGGGUCCCCCAAAAGGAAAGAGUCCCUCGGGCCCUUUAGGCCGCGUCCACUCGUGGAACACGAGGCGGCCAGGUCGGGC